AGGCAAUGAAGUUACAUACCUAUGAUGUCUUAUGAUGCAAUGCUCCCACGGCUCUUGAUCAGAGCUCUGUCCAGAUGGGCAUAUAUAUACCAAGAAAUAACUUGCUCGGUAGAAUCAUAACCAUAAUCUCAAUCCAUCAGCUCAAUCCCAAACGAAUCAUCCUCUCCCACUCCUUUUUUAAAAACAUCCCUAUAUUACCAAUCAUCCACAAUGAACGACAACGACAAGGUUCGCAUGGCUUACGAAGCCGAGAAGGACUUGAACUCCUACCAGGCCAAGCAGGGUCUUGGUAAGAAGAGCGACUCCACUUUGGAAUCCGGUGUCGACGAGAUGGCCGAGAGAAAGUUCGAGACUGGCAUCCGAACCGGCCGCGAGGCUUAUGCUACGGGAAGCAACCGUAAACCCAUCCCUGAAGAUGAGGGUGGCAGCCGUGACGACCGCGGCAGACUCGCACCCGCUGAAGCGUUCGAGGGCCCCGGCGGUCCUGAGGACAAGGUGAAGCUCAACUCGGAGCGUCGUCCUGGCGACCAAGACACUCUGGGUAUUCAGGAUCUGAAGCGUGCUGGCCUUGCUGAAUAA